AUGUCUAAAAUACCAAGCCAGCAGGUGGUCAUUGUCGGAAUCGACGCAAAUGCGAAGAUGGGACUCGAACAGCAAUCCGAUGUGCUAGGAAAAUGGUACUAUGCAGCGGAACGCACGUCGGACAACGGUGACCGUCUGGUCGACUUGUGCGAACAGACGGGCCUCAUCAUCGCUUCCACGUUUAAGAGGAAUCAUCGACGCCAUCAGCUCACGUGGCAGGGGUCAACCCUUUUAACGCCUGAAGAGCAGCGCAAGCGGAAGACGAGGACUCUUAAGCUUCGGCUCGACUACGUUCUGGCGAGGAACAUUCCUCAGUCAGAUAUCCGAAAAUCUAGAGCUGUUUGGGACGUCGCGUUCGACUCUGACCACCGUCCAGUUCUUCUCAGCUUCAAGAUACGGUUCCACAAGAGAAAUCGAGGAGUUCCUCUUCAACCGAAAUUCGACAUGGCAGGUCUGAAAGACGAUGAGUGCUGA